AUGGCGCAGUCCCCCGCGAGGAGCCCCGCGACGCGCGCGCGUCAGCGAACGCACGACGACGAGAUAUCCCGCGCGAUGGAUAAGGCCAUGCGGGCCCGGUCCGAGACGUACGAGCAGUUCGCCGCCAGGUUCCCCACGGCGACCGCGCCCGGAUCCCUCCCGGGCGGAGGAGUCCCGCCCUCCGAGCUCAGGAACAUCAUGCGCGACGCCGACGACGAUGAACUCGCGCGCUACGCCGUCGAUCGAGCGCGCAUCGACGCGGAACUCGCGCGGCUCAACGGCCCGGCGAUUCCGGACCCGAACAAGACGGACGAGGAGUUCGAGGCGGAGCUCGCGCAGUUCCGCGCGUUCGCCGAGGAGUUUGGCGCAUUCACGAAGGCUUUCGACGAGGACGGCAUCCCGCGCGGCGAUCGCGCCGCGCCGUUCGCGCGCACGGCCGGCGGCAGCGCGGACGACGCGAACGCCAGGAUGGUGGCGGAGUUUAAGGCUGCCGUCAUGAAGGGCGACGCGGAUUACGGCGCGACGGGGUCCAGGGACGACGACCUGCGUGUAAGGGCCCCCGUCGAGGGCGCCCACGGCAAUAACGACGGUGAUUCGAAUCCUACGGAGCCGCCGCGCUCGCGAAGGUCCGCGUUCGCCGUGGACCGCAACGGCGCGCUGCUCACCGUGGACACCGCAUCGUCGUCGCAUCAAACGUUUGUGCAUCCCUUCGAUCCGAACAAGCCGCCGUCGGACCUCGACACGGACGACGUGAGCGAGGGCGACGUGCCGUUUUUUCUCGAGUCGCCGAAGAUGGCGAAAUUCGACAACUGGGUCCCCGACGAGGACACGUCGGAAGAUGAACCGUCGGAAGAGGAAUCUGAAGAGUCGGAAGGUUCGAAGCCCGCGUCGUCGUCCGACGACACCGACGACUCCGAGUACGAGGACGACGUCGAAGCCGCCGCGAUGGAGGAGGAGAAGCGCCUGAAGGCUGAGAUGGUUCCGAUCCUCGGCGGGCUUCGGGGCGGCGGCGGCGUCGGCGGCGAGAAACCUUCGUUGAAGGGAUACGGCUCCACCUCGCUCGCGGCGCCCGCGUCGGCCGACGCGGUCGCGUCCCCCGCGGCGCCGCUCAGGCCCCUCACGACCGUGACGGGGGGGUACGGCAGCGGCGGCGUGAGCCCGAGCGCUGAGGCUGCGGCGAGCCGGACGUCCCCGUUCGUCACGGUCAAGGGCGAUGCCCACGAGGACGACGACGAUGAGGAGGACGAUGAGGAGAACGAGGGGAGGGCCAGUUCGGGUAUGCUGAAGCGCGCGAGGCGGCGUCUCAGGGGUCCCGGUCGAUGGGCCGUCGACGACGACGCCGAGGACGCCAAAGCCAAAGCCGACGAAAAGUCAAAGCCGAACCCCGCCGUGAACGUGGACCUGGUGAUGUUCAAGAUCAAGUGCGGCAAGUGCGCGGCGACGCUGAAGAUCCCCGCGGGGGUGGACGUUUUUCGGUGCCCCAAGUGCGCGGCGAAGCUUCGCGUGCCCGUCGCCUCGGGCGGGGCCGCCGGCGGGGCCUUCGCGGGAAAACCCGAGAAGGAGAAGCAGAAGGAGAAGGAGCCGCCGGCGAGGACGUCGCCCGGGCGCGCGGCGAAGGAACUGUCGGAGGUUGCGAAGGCGACGCGCGACGUCAUCGACAGGCACAGGACGGAACGGGCGAGGGAGGCGAGGCGGGAGGCGCUGGGGGAGUCGAGGGCGGAGCUCGUUCGACACGUGGAAUUUUCAAAGUCGCUGGAGGACGUCAUCGACGAGAUGUGCAGGCAGGUGAGCGCCAGGACGGGGGUGGCGGCGGGGGCGUGA